AUGGACGAUUUGAGACGCCGCACCGACAAAUAUAUGCAGAUGGAGGAGCUUGUGGAAUUCCGCAAUCAGGCUAGGGCGGAGGUAGCAGCCAAAGUCGAGAAGCCGGCCGAAAGCUCUUAUCAAAGCCGCCCUAAGGACCUCGUCCCAAGAGACAAACCUAUUCUCAGACCGAGGUAUUCUCAUUGCACUCCGCUCAAUACCAUUCGAUCGGCUGUAUUGGACCAGGCACUAGCUUCGGAGGUCCUGGCAGUGCCAAAACGAGCCUCAACCCCUCCGCAUGCCAACACAAGCAAGUCCUGUAAAUAUCAUCGCAACCGGGGUCACUCGACUAAAGAAUGCGCAGCUCUAAAAGAUAAGAUUGAGGACUUAAUCAAACAAGGGCAGCUUCAACGUUUCUUCGAUCGACCUCGCUCUCCCCAACACGAUGAUCGUCGGCAUCGUAGAGAACAACCUGACCGAGACAGAUCCGACAGGCGUCCUUACAGGGAGCAAAGCCGGUCGAGGGGCCGAAAGGAAGACGAGUCGGCCACCCAACCCCGAAGAAUCAUCAACACCAUUGCCGAUGGAUUCUCAGGCGACGGUUCCACCUCUUCAGCCCAGAAAAGACACCUGCGAGCCGUCCGAGCUGUACACUCGGUUGAACGCACUCAGGGAAGGUUGCCCGCCAUCACAUUCAGCGAGGCUGAUUUUAAAGGUAUCGAUCCUGAUCAAGACGACCCCAUGGUCAUUAGCGUCGAGAUCCACAACUGCAUUGUCUGGAAGACGUUGGUCGAUCAGGGAAGCUCGGCCGAUAUCCUUUACUGGAAUACCUUUAAACAACUCGGCAUACCAGAGGCCGAGUUGAUCCCUUACAAUGAGCCCUUGGUUGGAUUCUCUGGUGAACGUGUCCAAACCAAAGGGUACAUCAAGUUAUCCACUCGCUUCUGCUUCAACGGAGCCGAAGCCUGA